AAUAAACGUUACUUAUUACCGACGUAAAAAAAUUCACGGAUAUUUAGCCAUCAGUACCUCUAGCUAGAGCCUUAAUUAUGGCUACAUUUACUCAACGAGGAACAACAUCUUAUUUAGCGAAGUAUUUGCGCAAAAGCGUAUCCUCUCCAAUAGAGCCAAUAGUGUUAGCACGUCGUGGAUAUGCUAACCAAACUGACAUAAGUGAUGCAAAGGAUGGGGAACCUAUUACAAAACAGUUAGCAAAGACCCGUUGGUACGAGAAUGCAAUGAAAGGUGUAGAGGAUGUACAUAUUACAGAACAACUUACGCUGCCUUCAAAAACUCUGCAGAGUGCAUCCGCAAUGAAUAUUAGCGUUGGUUUCAAUUGGGCCGACCCGACAAAGGGCGACAUAGAUUACGAGUGCAAUGAUACCCUGGCUUUAGGGCAUGAUCCUUCGGUAUGUCGAGCACAAGGAGAGUACAUUAUUGCUAUGGGAGAGAGAAGCUCACCGUCGUGGGUUGGUAAAUCUGGAAUAUUUGCUAAAGACGAACUCAGCCCUGUUCUAAAAUUUCAACGUGAAGCAGCAGAAUGGAUGAACUCCGAUCUAGCGAUUCUAACUACAAGUGGUAUGAGUGCCAAUGGGAUGCUUAUGGAAACCCUCCUGAAAAACAAUACCGAUGUCCCGGUUUAUCUCGACUCGUUAGUGCAUACAACAUUUCGAUACGGCAUAUCAGCAAUUAACGGGAAGAUGUUAAUGUUUAAGCAUAACAAUGUCAAUGCUUUGGAGAACCUUAUGAAAGAACAUGGGCCUGGCUUUGUAGUUGUUGACAGUGUGUACAGCUCACUGGGAACGAUUGCACCGCUGCAUGACCUAUGCGAAGUUACAGAGAAAUACGGAUCGUCGCUGGUUGUCGAUGAAUCACACGCCCUGGGAACAUAUGGGGACUCCGGUAAUGGUAUAGUCUGUAAACUUGGCCUCGAACACAAGGUAGCAUUUCGCACGGCAUCACUGUCUAAGGGAUUUGCAACCAAUGGUGGUUUGAUAUGCGCUCCAAAGAGUUUCAAGAAGAUAUUCCGUGUUAUUACCACGAAGAACACCUUUAGUAAUGCGGUACAAGAUUAUGAAGCUGUUAGACUCUUGAAAAUCUUAGACAUCGUGAAACAGGCACAGGACAGGCGUCGAUCACUAAAUGAGAAAUCAACCUACUUGAAAUCUAACCUGAUGGAACUCGGAUACUCGGGAUACUACAUGAAAGAACCAACUCACAUAUUUGGACUAUGCGCAGGUGACUUCGAUACAGUUGUAGGACUUGGAAGAGCACUGAAACAUAAAGGGAUCCAUUCUACAGCGUUCACUUACCCCGCCGCCCCGAGGACUAAAUCACUGUUGAGAUGGAUCAUCACUGAAAAAGUGACGUGGGAACAAUUGGACUACACCCUUGAUGUCCUGGAUUCAUUCAUUAAAGAUGGAACGGCAAAACCUUUGGAGUGGCCUGACUAUAAAAAGGCCUGCUAUUAAUAUCCCCAAGCAUGUUAAUAUGCAAAAUCGGAAGCCUUCUGCAAUCAAGACAAGAAUUUUCUUCUACAUCCUCUCAGAAAGAUUGGCAUAUAUAGUGCAAUUUGGACAACAUAUUUUAUGAAAAUUUAAGCAUAUAAUAUAAUCUGUCGAAGUAUUGAAAUGUUCUGCAACAAGAAGUAUAUAGGGUGUCUCAAAAAAAUGUACCCAAAAGUAUAUCAACAGCAUAGACAAACCAAUCAAUAUUUUCAGACAUUUUUUGCAUGGUCUUGUAGAUAAAAGAUGAAAGUUUUUUUACCCUAUACACAGUUUUUAAUUCAGUUUUGCCCUUUUGAUACUUUAACCCGUUACCUUUUACACCACAUAUUCAAUGUAACCUCGUAUUUCGAUGACAGUCUGCAUCCUUACUACUACAUUGUUCAUCACAUUUGAUAUUUCUGGUGGAAUGUUUUGAUUUCUGUUUGGAUGCUGGUCUUAAGUUGUUCUUGGUUUCUUAGCUUGGAUUUAGCAUAAAAAUGGUCCUUCAAAUAGCCUCAGAGAAAAAAGUAUGGGCUGUCAAAUGUGGUGAAUAGGGAGGCCCUCACAAUGUCUUAUAGCCCCCUUAUAAAGAGAGGUCAGAGGUUUAAGAAACUGCAUUGGUUGCGAUUCUAGUGUAGCCUUUGUUGUGUGAAUCAAUUUGAGACCAAUGUGUUUUCAUUUGGAUAUCAUUUGGUCUCCAGGCUAGCCUGCCUAACUCUGGAAGGUAACUCCUGAAUCAUUUGCCGAUAAUUGACCUGAUUACCUGUGUUUGUUCUGCCAUCGUCAUCCUCAAACAUCUUUCUCUGUGGCUAUUGAAGGAGUGUUUUAAUGCUUAUUCCAAGCAAAAAGACCUAGAACAACUUAAGGGCAACAACCAAAGAGAAAUCCAAAACAUUCCACCGGAAUUAUUAUCAAAUGUGAUGAACAAUGUAGCAGUAAGGAUACAGGCUGUCAUCACAAUAUGAAGUUACAUCGAUUAUGUGGUGUAAAAGGUA